ACCACAGUCAAGUUACAGGUACUAAUUUGGGUAAACAAAUCAUAGUACUCUGUUCACUUUCCUGCUGAACGAUUUGUUUGGGGUUUGAAAAAAGUGUCAUUUGGUGUCGUUCAACACGCGCUUGAACAAUCUUUUUUUUUUAAUAAUUUAUCGCGGAAAACGUGAAAAAUGUUCGCCCUCCAGGUGAACGCCUGCAGGGCAAGUGACAGCGUUUGCGCCAAUCCCCGGCCAGAGAUAGAGGGUGGAGGUUUGGAGAAGGAAUCGUUUUCGCGAUGUUGGUGAAGAAAAAGGCCGAUGUGGAGGCCCGAAGCAAGCAGGUGCUUAUGACAAAGAACCAACGGGCAGCAGAAGCGCUGAAGAAAGGGCAGGAGGAAGCAGCCAACGAAACUCCCGGCUUGGUCGCAAACCUUGAUCUGUGAAACUUGCUAACUCGCACGGCAUCGUACAGUGAACAAUUAGGGCAUGGUCCGCUCGGAGUCGGUGUAGGACAUCGACAAGGUGCUCCAAAACCUUGCGGUCAGAAACAUUACCAUGGAGGGCUCAUAGCAGAGAAGCAGCAGCCGAUCCAGGGGAUCGCCGACUUGGCGCUCAACAUUAGCCAAACUACUCAAAAUAUGCAUUUUGGUGUCCAGCAAGCAGGGCUACGACAUCAGCAAGGUCUUCGUCGCACUCCACAUUAUCCGCGAACUGCUGGUUAUCUCCGCAUCUGGAGACUGCCCGUGUAUUCCCGUUCAACUGACAACCUGAACAUCUCAGUUACGCUGAUCAGUCUAAUCACCAAACUCGCCCUCAAUCCCAACGAUAUUCUGCUGGACGAGUACUGCCUCCUCUCGAACCAGGUGCGCAUCCCCCCGUUGCGGUUUGUCCCCUCGCGGACUAUGCUUGAUUUACCGCUGCUUCCAUACAUCAGCUUGCUGGUGAUUUGCAGCAGCCCAUUCAGCGAUGCAAAAAUGUCCGCCGAGGCGUUCGAGGGUAAGAUUGGCCAGGUUAUCUCGGAGUUGAAGAUUCGAGAUCGAGUUCAACAAGAAGGCCUCCUUCACUUUACGUUGCGGUGCCGAGACAAAAGGUCAAAAUCGUCCGCCGACCUUGGCGCUGGUCCUUCGACGGUUGCAUGAUCGAUUUUGGCAAAUAAAAACCCUGUUCAACAUUAAUCAAAGAUGGUUUCCUACGCACCGCUACCGUUUACUUCUUAAGCCUUCAAUUUACACAAUUUGUGAAUAUUAUGAUAAUAGUGCGUGAAUGAAAUAAAUAUAUUUUAAUCGUCAGAAUAAGAAGAGCUGUUCCAAAGUCUAUA